CUCCCGUGUUUGGUCAGCUUUCGGACCUCAUUUCUAGGGCUCUGACUCGGGCCCUGGCGUGGGUAUAUGCGGGUCCCCGGGAUACUUCAGGACUUUGCCGGAGUCCACGUGGAGUUGUUCAAGCACCCUGGCGGACAGGCAUUAAAAUUGAUUAGGUUCCUGAUAUCCAGAUCUAUUCUAAGAAGGAAAUUGACAAGGCCACAUUUCCGUGCAAACAUCGAGGAGCCAGUUGGCACCAUGAAGGUCUUCUGUGGCCGUGCCAAUCCGACCACGGGAUCCCUGGAAUGGCUGGAGGAGGACGAACACUAUGAUUACCACCAGGAAAUUGCCAGGUCAUCCUAUGCAGACAUGCUGCACGACAAAGACAGGAAUAUAAAGUAUUACCAGGGUAUCCGGGCAGCAGUGAGCAGGGUGAAAGACAGAGGACAGAAAGCCUUGGUUCUUGACAUUGGCACUGGCACAGGUCUCUUGUCCAUGAUGGCAGUUACUGCAGGUGCUGACUUCUGCUAUGCUAUUGAGGUCUUUAAACCUAUGGCUGAUGCUGCUGUGAAGAUCGUGGAGAAAAAUGGCUUCAGUGACAAGAUUAAGGUUAUUAACAAGCAUUCCACUGAGGUGACAGUUGGACCAGAUGGUGACUUGCCGUGUCGGGCUAACAUCCUGGUCACAGAGCUGUUUGACACGGAACUGAUUGGAGAGGGAGCACUGCCCUCUUAUGAGCAUGCACAUAGGCAUCUUGUGCAGGAGCACUGUGAAGCCGUGCCUCACAAAGCAACUGUCUAUGCCCAGCUGGUGGAGUCCAGAAGGAUGUGGUCAUGGAACAAGCUGUUUCCUGUCCGUGUUCAGACUAGUCUCGGAGAGCAGGUCAUCGUCCCUCCCUCAGAAUUGGAGAGGUGUCCUGGUGCACCUUCAGUCUAUGACAUUCAGCUGAACCAGGUGUCACCUGCUGACUUUACUGUCCUCAGUGAUGUGUUACCAAUGUUCAGCGUGGACUUCAGCAAGCAAGUCAGUAGCUCGGCAGCCUGCCAUAGCAGGCAGUUUGUACCUCUGGCAUCUGGCCAAGCGCAGGUGGUUCUGUCCUGGUGGGACAUUGAAAUGGACCCUGAGGGGAAGAUCAGAUGUACUAUGGCGCCCUUUUGGGCACAGACAGACCCACAGGAGCUUCAGUGGCGGGACCACUGGAUGCAGUGUGUAUACUUCUUGCCGCAGGAGGAGCCCAUUGUUCAGGGCUCCCCCCGAUGCCUGGUUGCCCACCAUGACGACUACUGUGUGUGGUACAGCCUUCAGAGAACCAGUGCUGAUGAGAAUGCGAAAGUCUACCAAGUGCGCCCUGUGUGUGAUUGUCAGGCUCACCUGCUCUGGAACCGGCCUCGGUUUGGAGAGAUAAAUGAUCAGGACAGAACUGACCAGUAUGCCCAAGCCCUGAGGACUGUGCUGAUGCCAGGUGCCGUCUGUCUUUGUGUCAGUGACGGCAGUUUGCUCUCCGUGCUGGCCCAUCACCUCGGGGCAGAGCAGGUGUUUACAGUUGAGAGUUCUGUAGCUUCCUAUAGACUGAUGAAGAGGAUCUUCAAGGCUAACCACCUGGAAGACAAAAUUAGUAUCAUCAAGAAACGGCCUGAGUUGCUAACAUCUGCAGACCUGGAGGGUAAGAAGGUCUCCAUGCUCCUGGGUGAACCAUUCUUCACCACCAGCCUGCUGCCAUGGCACAACCUAUACUUCUGGUAUGUUCGCACCUCUGUGGAUCAGUACCUGGAACCUGGAGCUGUGGUGAUGCCCCAGGCUGCCUCACUGCACGCCAUGGUCGUGGAGUUCAGGGAUCUGUGGCGGAUCCGGAGCCCUUGUGGUGACUGUGAAGGCUUUGAUGUGCACAUCAUGGAUGAUAUGAUUAAGCACUCCCUGGAUUUUCGAGAGAGCAGGGAGGCAGAGCCCCACCCAUUGUGGGAGUACCCAUGCCGCAGCCUCUCUGAGCCUCAGGAGGUUCUGACCUUUGACUUUCAGCAGCCCGUCCCCCAGCAGCCUGUGCGUGCUGAGGGCUCCAUGGAACUGAGAAGACCCGGGAAGAGCCAUGGGGCUGUCCUGUGGAUGGAAUAUCAUCUGACUCCAGACAGCACAGUCAGCACCGGCCUCAUGAAUCCUUUGGAAGACAAGGGGAACUGCUCCUGGAACCCCCACUGCAAGCAAGCUGUGUACUUCUUCAACACCACACUGGAUCCCAGAGUUCCUCUGGAUGGCCCUCAGUCAGUCAGCUAUGUUGUGGAGUUUCACCCCCUCACUGGAGACAUCACCAUGGAGUUUAGGCUUGCAGACACCUUGAACUAACCUUCCCUUGUUGAGAAAUUAAAUGGCCAAUAGGCUGCAGACUCUGA